AAGCGUCGGACUUGUUGCGUCGCCCUUCUGGGGCUCGCGCCGCUCACUUCCCGGACACGUAGCGCUGUGCAAACCCGUCCGGCAGAGCGAGUGAGCCGCGGCGAUGACAGCCGUGACGUCAGCUUCGCGACCAGCUCCCGCUUGGUGCUUCCACUCCACGGUCCACAAACCCGAAGCCACCGUGUGUCCGCGACUUCCUGAGGAGCGCAGCGGCUCCUGCUUGUGAUUGGUCAGACUUCCGCGUCGCUACUGAUGGACCGAGUCACCUCCGCAGCCGUUCGGACCAGACUCGCGCGCUUGCGUGCUUGCGGGGUCAGCGUGCACUCUUCUGUGGGGUGUCGCCCUGAGAACGCGUGCUACCGUCGUUUAACAGCCUGAAAUUCAUAUUUGCACCUGACACUCCCUGAACAGGAAACAAAGCUUGAAAGCUUGUUCAGUCUAAUUUUAGCUUCCUGAAUUUCGGGGCUGGUUUCUGGCGCCAGGUGAGUCUGACCUGCGCGUCCACCUGUCGCAGGUGUGAAUGAUGCGGGGCCCAGAUUUGGCCCCGGGACCUUGAUUCCCACUGUAGCUCCGGCAGCAGGCCACUUGGCGCAAGCCUCCGUCUUUGUUGCUCAAAUAGAAUCAGUCUACUGGAGUCUAUUUCUAAACACAUAUCAACAACUACCAAUGGGAAUCACAGCCACAGCGUGUCCCCCUCCACACCUUUAUAUGUGGUACAUCCCUCCUCCUGAGACCAGGGUUUGUUCUGCUGAGCCACUUCACAUCAAGUUAAAAAGAAGCCAGCGAGAACUUUGGAUUCAUUUCCCCAAAAAUGCAGGUGACGGGUCUCCACUGUUGCUCCAGGUUCAGAGGGGGGAGGCCGGUGUUGAGGGAAGCGCCUACCUUUUAUGUCCAAAUAAGUGUCAGGGGUUGCAGCAGAUUUCCUGCUCGCACCACAACACACUGCGUUGCUACCACUCAGGAGGUUGAGACUCCAGUCGGCCUUUUUCCAAUACAAUUAUUAGCACAGCAGAGUCACAUCUGAAUUCACUUUAAAGUUCAUGUCACGGUCUGUUAAUGUGCGUAGAUAUGGACUUUGUUUCCUACAUUUCCAACAAAAGGUGGUCAUAAUGCUGAAGCGAUGGCGGCUUUUGUUUCGCUGCGGCAGAGUGACGUGAUCAUGUGGCAUGUUAGCAUGUAGCCCGAUGUUGUUUUGGACAAUAUUGUGUUGUGUGUGUUUCUGAAUGAUGACGGACUGCGUUGUCCCUUCCUCGUGUCUCUCUGACUCGGUCAGCUGACCUCGACACGCCAGGCCCUGCAGCCCAGUGUGUUGGGGUUAAUGUGCCGAUCAAUUAUUGAGAGUGAAAACGUGACAUCAGAGAUCACCUUGCUGCGCGGCCGACUUCAGACACGGGUCGGGUCCCUUUCCGCCAUCAGCUGCAGGAGGAGUCGACUGAAGGAUGUUGGCUCUUGUCCAGUUACUGGCCCCCGUUAUUCCUCUGUUGGUUGUGAGGCAGUCGGCGACCGGCAGUGGAUCAGAGCUGCUGAGAGGCUUGUGGUGAUUUUAAGUGGGUUUAAAUGAGGGGUUCACCGAUAUUUUUGGCCGAUACCGAUUUUUGCUGAUUGUUUUUUUUUUUCUUUUUUUUCAAAUCAAAUUAACUUAAUUCUUAUUAAUAUAAAGAGCUAAAUUAUUUAAAAAAACAUUUCUUUUCCCCUCAGCUAAGUCAGAAAAGCCACUUUUUAUGUUAAUUUAAUUCCUAUUAAAAUAGAUACAUUUUAAAAGCCUUCUUAUAUUUGUCGUCAUAAGUGCCCAUAUCGGCACCGAUAAAUCGGUCGGUCAAACUGUGCAGCUCUAGUUCAAAACCGAUGGAGACAACUUUGGGUAGCGCCCUCUGUUGAGUGGUGCCCGAGUGAGUGUCCUCUUGGUACUUUGGUUUCCUCCCGCAGUCUUUCAAAGCUUAGUCAGUGAGUGUGAAUUGUCUGUGGCUGUCUGACUGAAAAACAUGGGAACUGGACGUGUUUUUUCUGCCCGCAAUUUCCAAUCAUGACUUCCUGUUUAGCGCCCUCAUAGCGCCAUUAUACUCAGGGUGUCCGCUACAUGUUUACAGGCGUGGCGCCGCCCCGCGAUCAGAAAAAUGGUCUCUUUUUAAGGAUGAACUAUCUUGUCAUCAAACGCAUUGAAACCAGGUGGAGACAUUGAAACAAACCGAUAAUCUUGGAGGUGGACUUCAACGUGACAGUUUUCUGCCUGUUUUUCAUGGAAAAACCGUGAAAGUUGCUUGUGGAACUCAGGCCACUCCUUUAUGUCUCAUGAUUAAAGAGUGGCAUUUUUAUUCUUGGCAAUUCAGUAAAUGUUGAAACUGUCCCCUCUUAUUCCUUGUUUCUUUAUCACGUCUUUAUUGGCUGCGCUCGGUAUUUUAUUAUUUUUUCCUGGGGGGUGGAGUUGCUCUGUUACUGUUUGAAAAACCCUGAUCCUAGUUUCCAUGAAGAGGGUGAUUUCCCUGGUCAUUUUGCUGAUGGAUCAAAAUUUGCCGAUACUCAUGCCUUCGUGGUUCUGUGGCUUUGCGGUGGCCAUAUUUGUUUUCAGGUGUAAUCUCGCUGUUAUCUCGAAUCAAAUUCUAGCAUUUGACUGUGAAAUAUGGAGCGUAAUAGAGACGGUAAGUUAUAGCGGGUUGCAUGUCUAGAACCUCCCCAGAGGGGGCGUGUCCCGGACCGCUACAUAUGCAUAGCCUGUGGUGAGCUGCAGACCUGGACACCCUUGUCUGACGGUUUCAUGUCGAAGGGAAGUGAGCUGAACUACCAGCCUCAACUUUGCCUUUGAACAUCAAAGCCGAGCCGAGAAGCUUUAGCUCUUGACGUCUUCAGACUUUAAAGUCGUUCGCCUGCGCCGGCUCUUCUGAAAACACUCGGAGGAUGUUGUUUCCGCUUCCAAACAAGCGUGUGAGGCGCGGCUGUGUGUCUUGGCCGGCUGCGAUGUUUGACUGCUACUGAGUUCCUCUCGCGACGGGUGGAGACGAGGCGAGGAGCCGGGUCGACAGGCGCCAUGCAUAUCCCAGAGUUCUACGCAGGGAAGAACGUGCUCAUCACCGGAGCCACCGGCUUCAUGGGGAAGGUUCUGCUGGAGAAGGUGCUGAGGUCUUGUCCCGAAGUCAAAGCUGCCUACGUGAUGGUCAGAGCCAAAGCGGGUCAGAGUCCUCAGGCCCGGAUUCAGGACAUGGUCAGCUGCAAGUUGUUUGAGAGGUUGCACGAGGAGCAGCCGGGCUUCGCGCAGAAGAUCAUCCCGGUGAACAGCGACCUGAUGCUGCCGCAGCUGGCCCUGAGCCAGGAGGACCAGAGGAGACUGGGCGACUGCAUCCACGUGGUCUUCCACUGCGCCGCCACCAUCCGCUUCAACGAGCCGCUCAAAGAUGCCAUGCAGCUCAACGUCCUGGCCACGCAGAAGAUGCUGGCGCUGGCCCGUCAGAUGAAACACCUGGAGGUCUUCAUCCACAUCUCCACGGCCUACGCCAACUGUGACCGCGAGCUCAUCGAGGAGGUGGUCUACACGCCGCCCGUAGAUUACCGCCAACUCAUCGACACGUUGGCGUGGAUGGAUGAGGACCUGGUGUCCACGCUGACCCCCAAGCUGAUCGGGAAGCGCCCCAACACCUACACCUUCACCAAAGCUCUGGCCGAGUAUCUGGUGCAGCAGGAAGCCGGAGACCUCAACGUGGCCAUCGUGCGGCCCUCCAUCGUGGGCGCCAGUUGGAAGGAGCCGUUUCCUGGCUGGAUCGACAACUUCAAUGGGCCGAGUGGAAUCUUCAUCGCCGCGGGCAAGGGGAUCCUGCGAACGAUGAGAGCCGCGAACGACGCCGUGGCAGACCUGGUGCCCGUAGACGUGGUUGUCAACGCGACGCUGGCGGCGGCGUGGUUCUCAGGAGUGCACGGCAGAAAGAGGACAAAAGGGACUCUUGUGUAUAACUGCACCACAGGUGGGAUCAACCCGUUUCGCUGGGGUGAAGUGGAGAACUGUGUAAACAUGACCUUCAAGACCAAUCCCUUAGAGCAGGCCCUGCGCCGGCCCAAUGUCAAUCUGCGCUCCAACCCCUUCACCAACCAGUACUGGACGGCGGUCAGCCACACUCUGCCUGCCCUCAUCUAUGACGCCGCUCUCAGGCUGAUGGGCCGCCAGCCCCGGAUGAUGAAGACCAUCACUCGCCUCCACAAAGCCAUGAUGGUGCUGGAGUACUUCACCAGCCACUCCUGGGUCUGGAACACGGACAACGUGGCCAUGCUGCAGUCCCACAUGGCCCCCGAGGAUAAGAAGCUCUUCAACUUCGACGUCCGUCAGCUGCACUGGGCCGAGUACAUGGAGAGCUACUGCAUGGGCACCAAGAAAUACGUCCUGAACGAAGAGCUGUCGGGGCUCCCUGCUGCACGCAAACACCUCAACAAGCUCAGAAACAUCCGCUACACCUUCAACACGGUGCUGGUGGUGCUGAUCUGGCGGGUCUUCAUCGCUCGCUCCCAAAUGGCCCGAAACAUCUGGUACUUCGUGGUGAGCCUGUGCUUCAAGUUCCUGUCCUACUUCAGAGCCUCCUCCACCCUCAGAUAAUGGCCCCCUGCCUGUGGCCAGGGGCCGCUCCGGCGCUCCCCCGGUGUCUUCGACACCAUGGAACUCAAACUAGCAAUCACGGGCCGCGCAGGGGGCGGAGCCCUCCUGUCGCUCGGUUCUUCACCUUCAGGUUUUCAAGCUGCUGCGCUCAGCCUAUGCACCCGCCUCUUUACGCGUGACCUCUGCGGCCAGCAGAGGUCAGUGAGGUCUGAACGAGUCGCUCCAGUCGACCACCCAGUGCCUGCCAGCUCGCCCAGACCGUGGUUCCCCACCUUCUUGCCAAAGAUCCUGUCGGCCUCAGGGCUCCUCACUUCGGAGACGGUUCUGACCCACUGCUCCUCCUGCGCAUCCGCUUCAGGUUUCCCUCUGGAUCAUGUCACUUGGAAGAAUGUGAAUUGUGCCUUUUUGACAAUGAAUAAAGAGAAUUGUUGAUCUUGA